CAGUCAAAGGUCAAUCCUACACGCUUGACGCUGAACGUUUUCUUGUGUUUAUUGCAAGUACCGCGGCUUCGAAUUCGCGUCUGAUCAGACCGACCAGUCAUAUCAACAUAAUAUGUCAGUUUAUCAAAACCUGAUCUUGUGUUUUCUCCUACUCUUGUCAGAAAACCAUUUUUUUAAUCGCAAAAGUUGAUAAAUAAUUUUCAGCCGGUUAUACUGGGAUUACCACACAAACUGCAAUGGAGCACGAUCGGAACAAUAAAUUCGAAUUCACUUCGCUGAAAAAGUUGGUGGUUAUUGCCGCAGUCCAGUCCCUCAUGGCCAUCUUAUAUUUGGCCUACACAACACUGGUCAUCUUUUAUGUACUGCCGACCAUAGCGGACUACAAAAUCCUCUCCUUCAUAACCACAUCCCCGACGUCCACCAACUUCCUGCUGGGCUUCUACAUCCUCAUCACCGGCAUCCUGGGCAUGCACGCCGUGCGCAUCGGCCGCUCCGUGACCCUCUUCAUCGCCGUCACCGUCCUCAACUUCGGCCUGGGCAUCACACUGGGCUGGGCGCUGCUGGUGACCUUAGCCAUCAUUAACGGCGUCGGCGAGCAUUUCGGCUUCAGCGGCUACGAGGCUUGCCGCAUCACGUGGUUGAGCUCGGUGCCGGCGAUCCUGCACGCCGUCACCAUGGUGGCGGUUAUUCUGUGCUUCUUCCUCAUGACCUGUGCGGCGGCCAGCAUCGGAGUGGUCAACGCCCGCAGUGUCGGUCAGGGCCACAUCCGGGUGGCGGUGGAGGAGAUGCUGGCGCGACGGAAUAUGAACAUGGUGGAUAUUGAGGGCGCCAUCUACGCGCAACCGGAAGGAGACGGAAAGGUCAUCAAUGGGAUACCGCCACCGUCGUAUUCGCAGUUCUUGUGAGAGAGUCUUUAAUAUCCGACCAGACACUUACGCUUAAAAGCUUGCCAUGCAUCUAGAUGUUUGAGAUUUUUAUGGUGUGUAUUGGGAGUAUUAUUACUUGGUGCAUUGCUCAUUGGUGGCCGGUUAUGCUGCAGUUCCUAAUUAUAAUACAAUUGUUUAAUGCGCGGUUUCGCCGGUUAGCUCCAGUUGCUCAUUAUACUUUGUAAUAAAGAUUUAUAUAUGC